GGCGAGCCGGCGCGCGCUUCCGGGCGGGCGCGCGUCAUGGAACAGCGGUUAGCCGAGUUUCGGGAGGCUCGGAAGCGAGCUGGGCUGGCGGCUGAACCCAGCAUUUCGAGCCAGAGCACACAAAGCUUGGGAAAGAAGUCGGAAGCUGCUACGACGCCAAAGGCAGCCCCGGGUUGGCUAAAACGGUUCCUGGUGUGGAAACUGAGGCCCGCGAGUGCCCGGGUCCAGCCCGGCCUCGCUCAGGAGGCGACUCAGCCUGGGAGCAGCUUGUCACCACCACCUCAGAACACAGCCGUUCCCCCACCCACGCCACUGGACCAGUCUCUCCUGACCAAAAUCACCUUCUUGAAGGUUCUCCUCUGGCUGGUCCUCCUGGGACUAUUUGUGGAACUGGAAUUUGGUCUGGUUUAUUUUGUCCUGUCCUUAUUCUACUGGAUGUAUGUGGGGACACGAGGCCCAGAAGAGAGGAAGGCCGGCGAGAGGAGCGCCUACUCGGUGUUCAACCCCGGCUGCGAAGCCAUCCAGGGCACCCUAACUGCCGAGCAGUUUGAGCGGGAGUUACUUUAUAGGCCGCUGGAGGGGAGAUAGGGCCCAGCCGCUGUCCUGCAUCCCUGCCACCUCAGACACAUUCCGACUUGGGGACAGACUUGGGGGUUCCAGGUGCCGGAGAGGAAGGACAGCUGGUGGGUUAGCGAGUGACCUCGAGUUUCUUCUUCAGUUUUUCUGUGAUCUGCUGCUGCAGUUCUAUCCUUGAACAGCUUCUCUUUGCUUUUGUUGAAACUCCCUGAAAGACACUGUGGGUCUGAUGCAAUUUAUAAAACUUGCAUACUCAAGAAAGAGAUCACCGAUUAUUUGAGGUGAUUUUUAGAGUGCUAGAAAGGCAUUGGGGAGAAAAUUGUUUAAAAUAUCAAACUGUUUAAAGUAAUGGUUUUGCAUACAUCAAGACUGUGUAUUGAAAGUAAAUGUUCUCCUUAAGACUUAAUAUUUAUAGCAUUUUUUCCCUUGAAAAGUUUUAGGUUGUGAGUUUGUUUGCUUGUUUACUUUUGCUUCUUGCUUUAAGUCUUCCCAUUUCAGGUAUUAAUGGUAUUGAAAAAUAAAAUUUCUUUAAAGCAGCUGCUUUCAGAAAAGGCAUGAUCAUUGUCAGUGUGUGUCUUCUACUCU